GUCGUGUAUUUUACAAGUUAGCUUCUUCCAGGUGUGCUCAUAAUGACACAAAGUACGUCUGUAUUGUUGGGAGUGGUCCAGCUGGUUUCUACACUGCCCAACAUCUUCUCAGAAUGACAGAAAACGUCUGUGUUGAUAUAGUCGAGAAGUUACCUGUUCCAUUUGGUCUAGUGCGUUAUGGUGUCGCUCCUGAUCACCCUGAAGUGAAAAACGUCAUCAACUCCUUUACACAUGUAGCAAGAGACAAACGGUGCAGAUAUUUUGGCAACCUCGACGUAGGAAAUGAUGUGAAGAUAGUAGACCUGUUGCGUUCUUACCAUGCUGUUGUAUUAGCCUAUGGUGCUCAGGCUAACAGAAAAUUGAAUGUCUCUGGAGAGACGUGUGACGGAGUCAUAUCUGCUUCAGACUUUGUAGGCUGGUACAACGGUUUCCCACAGAAUGCUAAUCUUCAUCUGAAUCUCAAUUGCAACACAGCAGUUGUACUGGGACAUGGCAAUGUUGCUCUUGAUGUUGCUCGGAUGUUGCUGACUCCUGCUCAACUUCUUGAAAAGACAGACGUUGCAGCUCAUGCAUUGGAUGCUCUCAAACAGAGUAGCAUAAAGAGAAUCAUUAUUGCUGGUCGACGUGGGCCAUUGCAAGUUGCCUUCACUAUAAAGGAGCUCCGUGAAAUGGUUCGGCUUCCUGGUUCUCGACCAGAUUUGGAUACUAAUGACUUUAUAGGGGUUCCUGAAAAAAUAAGUGAACUUCCAAGACAACGAAAGCGUCUUAUUGAGCUGCUUUGUAAAACAGCAUUGGAAGAUCCAGGAAACAAUGAAACAGCCAGACGACAAGCAGCUCAACGAGAAUGGAACUUAAAGUUUCUACAUUCCCCAGUUGAAUUUGAAUCAAAGAUUAUCGAAGGGGUAAAUUCCCUUGUAGCUGUCAAGUUUGAACAGAAUCGUUUGGAUGGAAACAAAGCUAUACGAACUGGUCACACGAUGUCAAUACCAUGUGGACUAGCUAUCAAAAGUGUUGGAUAUCAGAGUGUUUCUAUUGAUCCUGACAUUCCAUUUGAUGUACACAAAGGCAUUAUACCUAAUCUAUGUGGCAGAGUUGUCACCCCAAAAGACAGUGCAACUGGUUUAACUUCAGGCAUUGCAAACACUUCUCAUGUCGUUAGUAAACAUUACAGAGUCAUUCCUGGACUAUACUGUAGUGGUUGGAUCAAGACAGGACCUGUUGGUGUUAUUCUUACGACAGUCAACGAUGCAUUGGAGACAGCAAAGUCAAUAUAUGAUGAUAUCAGUGGUAACGUUCUUCAAUGGGAUUCAAGAUCAAGAAACGGAGACGUAAUGGACCAGUUUCAGAAGAAGCUGGUAACUUUCUCGGACUGGAUGAGGAUAGACAACUAUGAAAUAUUAAACGGUAAAGUCAGCGGAAAACCCAGGGAGAAAAUAGUCAAUGUAGAGAAAAUGCUAGAUGUAGCAUUUGGAGAUAACAAAGCAUCCAAAUGA